AUGCUGGGGAUGAUGAAUUCACCCGCGGACACCGUGGAGUUCUAUGCAGCGAGGAGAAGCAGUGGAAGGGAUGAGGGAGAUGAUGACGAUUUGAAAGUUUUUACCGAAGUGAAGCAAAAACGAAGUGUUACCUACAUGCAAGAUGGACGUCGUAUGAUUGACGGCAAGAUUGAGCCUGGUUCUUCGGAGACGGCAAUGAGUUUGUGGGAAACAACACUUCGUAGAGGAGCGAUCACUACACAAAUGAUGCCCACCGCCGAUAACGAUGACCAACCUGCUGGAGAAGGAAGUAAACGUCAAGCCGAAGAAAGUUGUCCAGAGACUACAAAAUGUUCGAACCCGGUGGUGGUUUAUGCGCCGAAUAAACGUCAUGGAGAGGGUCUCAGUGAAGAACACUUGAAGUCGUUCACAGAAGUAAAACCCAGGCAGACUGUCACCUACACCAAAGAUGGACGUCGAAUGAUUGAUGGAAAGGUUGAAGACACGGAUUCGGGAGAUGCUGCACGACUAUGGGAAGAGACCCUGCGAAGAGGUGUGAUCACAACUAAAAUGAUUAGCGAAGACAAGAAGCAACAGAAAGACAAGGACAAAAAAGAAAAAGAAAAGUGUUGUGAGUAUUAA